UCCGUAGCACUUAGCUAAGCUCUAAACAUGGCUCCAAGAAAAGGAAAGGUUGCCAAGGAGGAGACGAACAUCUCCCUCGGACCAACAGUCAAAGACGGAGAAGAAGUUUUCGGAGUUGCUCACAUUUUCGCCUCAUUCAACGACACCUUCGUGCACGUGACUGACUUGUCCGGCAAAGAAACCUUGGUCCGAGUUACCGGUGGAAUGAAAGUGAAGGCAGACAGAGACGAAUCCUCUCCCUACGCUGCUAUGUUGGCCGCCCAAGACGUCGCUGAAAGGUGUCGUGUUCUGAAAAUCUCAGCUCUUCAUAUCAAACUGAGGGCGACUGGUGGCAACAAAUCAAAGACCCCCGGACCCGGAGCCCAGAAUGCCCUCCGAGCACUCGCUCGAUCUGGCAUGAAGAUCGGCAGAAUAGAGGAUGUCACCCCCAUUCCCACUGAUAGUACCAGAAGGAAGGGAGGACGAAGAGGUCGUCGUUUGUAGAUUCUUGUCGGGUUUUUAUGAAUUUUAUUUAUUCCUGUGA